AUUCAACACUGGAUUCCCCUAUCUGCCAUUAUGAAUCAUAUGAAAGGAAUUAACAAUAGAGUAAAUCAAGGAUCUACCAAGUCAGGUCCCAUGACAUUAAGAUUUCCCAGAUAUAGGGGGAAGCAAUACAGACAUAAUAGCUGUCCAGAGACACACCUGGGUGGAUGGCUGCUUACCAGCGCCGCUCCAGCUGGGAAGGAGCACUUGUUGAAGACGCUGUCCAGGGGAGGAGGACAAAACUUCCUGAAAACCACUUCUCUCCCAAUGUGCAGUGAGGCUGUCUUGAUUGGGGACAGCUCUGAGACACUGUGGCCCUGCCCAGGCCUGAGUCCACUGUUUCCACAGGUGAAGUGGCAGGAGCUGGCAUGAGCAGCAUCAUGUCCAUCGUGGCUGACAGAGCCAUAGUGAAGAAGGAGCUGCUGUCCGUGGUGGCUGGAGGAGACAAGUACCGGGUCAAUAACAAGCACGAUGACAAGUAUGACCCACUGCCAUCCAACAAAAUUGUCAAGCAGGCAGAGAAAAUGGUGGGGAAGGAAGUCCCUUAUUCAGUGACAAGUGACAACUGUGAGCACUUUGUGAACACACUGCGCUAUGGAGUUUCCCGCAGUGACCAGGUGACUGACACCUUCACUGUGAUUGGUACUGCAUCAGUUGUCCUGGGUGUUGCUGGCCUCAUUGGGAUGAUGCUGUACAGAAGCAAGCGGGAAAAGCAGUAAAUGCAAGGCUUUAUCUUGGCGGCACCAGUUACCUGGGGGGAGUUUGAUCAAGCCAGUGGAAAUGGUUUGGUUUACAGGUUUCACUCUUUUGUAAUCAUGAGCACUUGGUUUAAGUGCUCAUGAUUUGAUUGCGGCUCAAUCAAAGCAUAGGAAGCUGUUUUCUGAGGGAAACGCUGCAUGGUAUGAAUUCUAUUAAAGAGCUGAUUGCACAAUG